AACUACAAUUUGCGAGAGAGAACAAUUUGCACGUUGGAGAGUCUGCGGAAAAACACAUGCCGGGAAUGCAAAGAUUAAACUGUACAAGCAAUUGGCUGAUAAGAAACGUCAAUCCCGCAAAGUCAAUCGCGAAAAGAUAAGUUCCAUGUUGCCGACGAUGAACAGCGUUUCCGAUGAAGUAACACAAAGCGUUUAUAAAACAGAUUAUGGGAAAAGAGAAUACAGUUCAUUGAUGACAGCGACGGAUUCACCGAUCGAACUACCUGCUAAUUGGAAAGAUGCUUACAGAGACCCGAUCAGAUUUAGGUAUUCGGCUAUGGAGUUUCCAACAACUCAACCUACCGAGACGAGUCUCUCGAAAGUUCCAGAAACUGCGUCCUUUUGGGACAAGCCAUUCGCAGGCUCUUCGGAAUACAUGGAUAAAAUCAGCAAACUGGCCUUGAACAAUAUGAAAAAUCAACAACGAUAUUUGAAGCCUCUUCUCCCGAUAACAAGCAACUUGGCGGUUGCAACCUGUGAGAGAAUCUAAAGGGAUGCAUCAUCUAUGUAAAAGUUACCGACCGUGCAAAUAAAGACAUCAGAAAUAAAUACAUGCGAACGAUAUGAUAUGUAAAAUGCGUAACGUUCAUAACGGAGAAUUAUAAAGAACAACUGGUAAAUAGACUUUGAAGAUUAAUUAAAUUUGCUUAGACCACAAAGAGAUAACGCAAUAACGGUCAUAUCGUUGUAAGGUAAAGGAAAUGUGAAAACACACUGAUAAGAUACAUCGGUUUCUUCCUUCUCUGUGUGUCCUUAAGUAGACAAGUUUUAUUUAUCACAUUGCAAUAGUCCGUUGUUAACAAGUUCCACAAUGAAACUUUGUCUCGCGAACAAUUUGUUUUCAAGUCAUUUAUCCACGUUCACUUAAUUACGGGCUAAUUAGGAUCAUCUAAUUACUUACAUGAUCGUUUUGUUAAGCAAUUAACCUGGUUUAGUACUUUGGUUGGUCCUCGUACAUAAAUUCACGGUAUAGUAAUUCUCAAUGGCAAAAAUAUAAUUAACUAUGCUCAAUUACUUGUACUGUAAACAUAAACUGAAUAUAUUAGUCAGUUACGUGAGCAGCUAAGUACAGUGAAAAAAUCUAGAAUAUCUAUAGUAUUUACAUCUCUCUCGUGUAACUGUACUCCUUACACAUUUCACCUUGGUUUUCAAUCAAAAUGCUUUAAUACAGAGAAACGAUAACAGUAUGAGCUUCUGUGAUAAUACAUAAUAAUGGAAUCACAUAACUUAUGAUACAAAACUUAUCUCCAUACAUAUGCACAUUUCACCAGCGAACUGAGAAAAUUUGUAUUUUCCAACUGAUCAUAGCUACCGUUUAACUAAAGUUUCACACAAGUGCAUAACGUGCGUACAAAUACAGAAAGCAAUAUAAUAACUAAUAACGCGCCUGCACUUAUGUUGCAUAUACAUAGAUACGCAGUCGUAGUAGAGGAACUAUUUGUUCUAUUGAUCCUUUUAUCGCGUUAUAUCUGCUAAUACCCCUCUGUUGUGCAUCAUCAUCUGAAUUGUUUACGCAACGGGAAGAAAAGCUGUCAGUGUUAAUAGAAUAAUAGGUAAGCACAAGUGGCUUGUUUGUAGUUUUAUCUUUACGCGUGAUUCAGAGUAUAUUCAUCACGAGUUGCGUUAUUACCAUAUCUGCUUCGUAAGGCGUAUGGUGGUUUCUUGACAAAUCUUAUUUUGCUGAUUCGAGCGAAUGAAUCGAGAUGGCAAAUAUAUUUUCACGUAACGUUUCACGAGUUUGAAUGAAA